AUGAAACGCAUGAGAUCUAAUUCUUCAUUUGAUGGUUAUGAUGAUUUUUAUGAUGUUUCUGAAUUAAGUUCUCGCGGAAGACCUUCUAAAAGAAUUUCAUUAUCAAAAACAAGUGACGAAGAAUAUAUUCCUAAUAAAGAUAUUAAACAGACAACUAAUAACAAUGGUAACAAUUAUUAUUAUUACAAUAAUAAGAUUAGUGGCAAUAAUAAAACAAAAGGAAGUAGAAGACCUGGUAGACCGGCAGGUCAAAAGAAACAACAAGAACUACAGCUUGGUAGAAAUAAAUCUAAUAAUAGUGCUUCAAAAAAACAAAAUUAUAAGGACAAUUAUUAUAUAAAUAGUAUCGACGAAAAUGAUGUAUUAGCAAGAGAUAGAGCAGGUCAAACUAAUUUACAUAAAGCUUGUCAGUCUGGGAAUAUGGAAAGGACGAAGGAUUUAAUAAAAAGAGGGUCAGAUAUAAAUGCUCGUGAUCAUGCAGGUUGGACUUCUCUUCAUGAAGCAUCUCUUAACGGUCAUUUGGAAAUUGUAUAUUAUCUUUUAGAAAAUGGUGCUGAUGCUAAUGCUGCAUCACUUGAUGAUUGUGAUACUCCACUUCAUGACGCGUGUGCUAAAGGUCAUUAUGAUGUUGUAUGUGCAUUAUUAGAAUAUGGUGCUGAUCCUGAUAAAGCAAAUGCAAAAGAAGAAAAACCUGAGGAUCAUUCUAGCGAGGAAAGUAUCAUUAGAUUAUUAAAAACUCCAGUAGAAUAUGUAAAAAUACCUGAAAUCAUACAUUAUAAUUCAUCACAAAGAUACUCACCUUCUUUAUAUAUAACGGGUGAAGAUUAUGAUAGCAGAAGAACGUCAUUGAUUUCGGGUAAACGUGGUAGACCUAGAAUUAAACAAGAAGAUAUCAUCAAAGAUAGUGGUUUAUCUAAAAGAUCUGAAAAUCAAAAAACUACUCGUAGAAGAGUCUCACUCCGAGAUAGUAAAAUUCGUGAAGGUGAUUUACAUAAUAAUGGUGCAAGGGCAAUUGUUUCUGCUAACGAUGUUCUUAGGAUGGAUCUUAAAAGUAGAGACUCAUCCGGACGUAGUAACCUUCAUAUUCAUGCCAAAAGAGGUAAUGCAGAAAUGGUUGCAAACAUGAUUGAGGCAGGUGCUAUGAUCAACGGAACUGACAAUCAUGGUCGUACUCCAUUACACGAAGCUGCAUCAGAGGGUCAUAACACAACAAUGGAAAUAUUACUUGCUUUUGAUGCAGAUAUAAACGUCAAAGAUAAAAAAUUAAAUACACCACUUCAUGAUGCUGCUCAUAAAGGUCAUAUCGAAGUUGUAAAAAUACUGUUACAAAACAACGCUCAACCUGAUGGUAAAAAUAUUGAUGGUAAAACACCUUUGGAUUUGGCUAGGCGCAGAAAAGACAUUGUUGAGUUGUUAUGUGAAGUUCUUGAUUUGAAUCCAAAAGACUACUUAAUUCCAACCAAAUUUGAUGAACUUGCAAUUAGUCCACCGCGAGAUUCAAUGGAAAUUCAAACACCAGAUUAUUUAAGAAUAGAAUUUGCAGAUAAAUAUAUAGGACCGUUGUACACAGUUCAAUUGGAUACCACAAGCACCGGAUAUCCACUUACCACACCUACGAUUCCUCCGACAGCAACUUUAUUUGUGGUUGAUUUACAGGUGGAAUUGUUUUUGCAAUGGAAAGUAAAUUCUUUAACAACAUCACAACCAAAUCUUACCAGAAGGCUCAUCACAACAAUAGAAAAAGAACGACUCUGGCCAUUGUUACGAUCCAUAGUAUGGGCACCACCAAAAUCUAUUCGUCCUUCUGAAAUGGGAAUAUUGGAAGAUGCUAGAAAAAUAAAAUUUUUAGAAUAUCAAAUGUAUUUUGUAAAGGUUAGUAUUUAA